CAAAGUGUUUUCUUGUGGAGCCAGUUCAGUAGCUUACCUUUGAAGGUCUCGGUCCAUCCUUAAGCACCUUCCUUGUCCAAAAUUCUAAGUAAACACACCAGCACCUGCCUCGUUUCACCAAAUUCUAAUGGCGGCUGCUGCUGCUUCUUCUUCUUUGAAACCUAAGAGGAUUUACGAUGUCUUUUUGAGCUUUAGAGGCACCGACGUUCGCAACAACUUCCUCAGUCAUCUCUACACGGCUCUCGACCAGAAUGGCAUAUUUGCUUACAUCGACAGCGAAGAACUGAGAAAAGGAGAGCAAAUAUCACCGGCGCUUAUGAAAGCGAUCGAGGAAUCGCACGUUGCGAUCAUUGUUUUCUCCAAGGACUAUGCUUCCUCGCCUUGGUGUUUGGAUGAGCUGGUGAAAAUCAUGGAGUGCAAGGUAGAGAAGGACCUGGUUGUUUUGCCGGUGUUUUACAAAGUGGAACCAAGAGAAGUGAGAAGCGGGAGAGAGUGUUAUGGGAGAGCUAUGGCUAAGCAUGAGUCCAAGCUCGGGAAGAAUUCGGAGAAAGUGAAGAGAUGGAAGGAGGCUCUCUUUGAUGCGGGUAGCUUGUCCGGGUGGGACUUGAAUGAUGGAGAUGAAGCGAUUCAUAUAAAAAGAAUUGUGGAGGAGAUCUCUCUGCAGAUAGACCGAGAACCCUUACAUGUUGCUGAGCAUCCGGUUGGGAUACAUCUCCGUGUUGCAAAGUUGAAGUUAAUGUUAAAUCUGGAGUCUGAUGAUAAUGUUCUCAUGAUGGGAUUAUGGGGGCAGGGAGGAAUAGGGAAGACAACUUUGGCCAAAGCCCUUUACAAUGAUAUCUUUAGACAAUUUGAGGGUUCAUGUUUUUUGGCAAGUGUUCGAGAAGCUUCAAGAGAUUCGAAGGAUUUAGUUUCUUUGCAAGAAAAAUUGUUAUUCAAUAUAUUAGUUCGGAAAAGAUUAGCAGUGACUAGUGUUCAUCAAGGUAUCAAUUUAAUACAAUAUAGGCUUUGUCACAAAAAAGUUCUCCUUGUUCUUGAUGAUGUCAAUGACGUAGAACAGUUAAAUGCUUUAGCUGGAGAUUGUGAGUGGUUUGGUAAAGGAAGCAGAAUCAUAAUUACUACAAGAGAUAGCCAUUUGCUAACUUGUCAUGGAAUACAUAAAGAUUAUAUCUAUGAAGUUCAAACUCUUGAGAAUUGUGAAGCUCUUGAACUUUUCAACAAGCAUGCCUUUUCAAGAAACAACGAAUUUGCAAUACAGAGGGAUCUUAUAUAUAGUGCUCUGCAUUAUGCUAAAGGACUUCCUUUAGCACUUAAGGUAUUGGGCUCUUUCCUAUGUGGUAGAAGAGACCAUGAGUGGAAAAGUGAAUUGAAUAAACUUGCCAAAAGUCCGGACAUAACCAUCAAUAACGUUCUUAAGUUAAGUUAUGAUGGACUAGAGGACUAUCAAAAGGAGAUCUUCCUUGAUAUUGCCUGUUUCUUUAAGGGGCAAUAUAUAGAGGACAUUAGAAAAGUUCUUGACUCUUGCGAUCUUGACGCAACUAUUGGAGUACAAGUUCUUGUUGAGAAGUCCUUGAUCACCGAAGAGUUUGGAAAAUUACAUAUGCAUGACUUGAUUCAGUUAAUGGGCAUGGAUAUUGUUAAACAAGAAUGCCGAGAUGAUCCUGGAAGACGCAGCAGAUUAUGGCUUUGUGACGAUAUUCGUGAUGUUCUAUCGGGGGAUAUGGGAACGGAUGCAGUAAAAGCCAUAGUUUUGAAUUUACCCGAGCCAGAAGAGAUAGACAUAGAUCCUCAUGCUUUCACAAACUUAAGAAGGUUGAGGUUGCUCAUCAUGAUUAAUGUGCACACCUCUUUUCAAGGUCCCAUCUGCCUUCCUAAUGGACUAAGAUGGUUUGAAUGGCCCGAAUGCCCUUGGAUUCCAGAAUUUUCCUCUGGUCCAAAGAAGUUAGUCGGACUUGACAUGCGCAAAAGCAACAUCCAAUUAGUGAGGGAGCAAUUUAAGGACCACAAAAAAUUGAAGUUCAUUAACUUCAGUGAAUGCCAGUGGGUGGUGGAUAUGCCAGACCUCAAUUGUACUCCGAAUCUCGAGGAAUUGAAUCUCUAUGGAUGCAAAAACUUGGAGCGUGUCCAUGAAUCGGUUGCAUCUCACCGUAAGCUAUUGUCGUUGAGUUUAGGGGGGUGCUCUAAAUUGGAAAGAUUCCCUGAUAUUCCACGUAAAAAUAAAAGCUUGCGAGAUGUUUAUUUAGGAGAGACUUCAAUCGAGGAACUUCCUGCAUCCAUAGAGAAUCUAGUCUCUUUGAAUUAUAUGUCUUUACAUGGCUGCAAGAAACUAGCAAUCCUUCCAUCUACCAUUUACUCGUUGCCGAAUCUUGAAGAAUUGUAUUUUGAUGGCUGCUCAAAACUAAUCAAGUUUCCAAAGAAGGAACAGGAUUCGAGUGAUCCCCAUAUGAAGACGGGAUUUUGUAGUUUGCAAAUGUUAAACCUUAAUGGAUGCAAUCUAUCAGGAGUGGAGUUCCUAGAGAAUGAUUCAUGUUUCCCCCGCUUACAAAUUUUGAGUCUGUCGGAGAACAAUUUUACUAACCUUCCCAACUUGGAGCAACUAUAUAAUUUGGAGAGUUUGACAGUUUCGAAUUGCCAACAACUACAAGAGAUCCCCAAGCUUCCGGGGAAAUUGAGAACAUUAGGGGCAACUAAUUGCGGAUCUCUGAGUAAACUUCCCUCCAACAUAUGUGAUGUUGAGACUCUCGAGUUAUAUUCAUGUCAGCAACUGAUCCAUAAUGGGUUUCGCGAGAGUGAUUUGUUCAAGCUUGAGAAAUUUCAUCACCAAACAAAAUGCAAAGUUAUUGUGCCCGGAGGAGAGAUGCCAAAGUGGUUGAUUCCCAAUAAAGAGGGUUAUAUAUCUUUUGUGGCUACAAAGGACUUGUUUAAGAAGAUUUUAGGAGUAGCUUUCUGUGUUGUAUUUCGAGGAGAAGGAAUGGAGGUAGAAGCAAUGGGGCUUUUCCCAUUUGAGCUUAUAGCAUCCGUUAAUUGCAAAGGCAGGGAAAGCUUCAGGUGUGUCUCGGUAUUUAAUUCGGAUCAUGUGUGGCUUGAGUAUAUGGAAUCAAAGGAGGUGUGGCCAGUAGACGAGUUUAGUUCAAAUGACUUGAGUCAUUUCCACGUUAGCAUUAGAGGAUCUAGAGAUCAGGCACAUAUAGAUCGAAGAGUGAUUGUGAAAAAGUGUGGAUUCCGACUAAUAUGCAAGUCACUAGAUAAUGAUUCGGAGGAUUUACUUCAAGACAAUCAGCUGCUGGAUCCAGCUUUGCUCUACGAGGUUUCGCAUGACGAUAGUCAAAUGAGCACAAAGGAGAACAGCUCAAGUGAAACAGAAGAUUUGGAAGAUAGUGAAACGUGGACAGAGCACAAAGGAUUGAACAUGGCAGACUUCUCAAUUGAGAAGCAUCGAUAUUCUCUAAUUUCUCUUGAUUACCGAAAUGUUCGCCCUGGAGGAGAGAUGCCAGAGGAGUUCAUCCCUAUUGAAGACGAUACCAUAUGUUUCAUGGCUUCAGAAGACUUGUAUGACAAGUUCCUAGGAUUGAUUCUCUGUGUGGUUUUCAGUGUAGAAGAUGGACAAAGCGAAAUAUCUUUCAACAUUCUGCCCCAUGUUAAUGGCCAAAGACGGAAUGCGCUAUCAGGAACUCUAGGUUCAUUUGAUUCGGACCACAUGUGGAUUCAGUAUCUCAAACCAAAUGUGCUAUGGGGAUUGUUUGAGGGAGCAGUUGAUUUUGGUCAAUUUGAUGAGAGAGAUUUACGAUUCAGCCUUAAUCUUAAAGUAUCGGGGGGAACCGUGAAAAAGUUGGGAUAUGUGAUAAGAUGCAGGGAAUUAGAGGAUGAUUUGAAGGUUGUGCUUGAAGACAAUCAAUUUAUAAAUUUAGCUGCACUCUGUGAGGAUUCUCAUGAUCCAGUAGAUUUAGAGAUAGACACGGCAUUUCAGUCUGAUCAUCAUGGAAGAGAGUACUUACGCAGAUGUCACAUGCACAGAGAGGAUCUGGAAGCUAGUGACACUGAAACAGAUCAAACUGGAAGCAGCAAGUAGCGAAACGGAAUAGAUUUUGUGGUGAUCUAGUUUUGUUGGAUGGCUUGGUCUCAACUUCUAAUGGAUGGGAACUACUUUCGUUUCAUUGUUGUUGUGUUGUGUUUGGAAGGGGACUACUUCUCUCUUAUUAUCAUUAUGGCGUGUUUAACGUGCGAUCUGUUCA